GGGCUCCGUCGUAAAGCCAGUAGUCGAAAGGUACCAAGAUGGCGGAGGCUUCCUUGGGAAGUACAAGCCCAGUUGGCUCUCUAUCAUCGGAAGAUCACGAUUUUGACCCGACGGCAGAGAUGUUGGUGCAUGAAUUUGAUGAUGAACGUACGUUAGAGGAAGAGGAGAUGAGGGAGGACGAGUCAAGUGGGAGCUCAGAAAUCGCUGAUCUGGAGAAGGAGGGGAGCAUGCCGUUGGAAGAGCUGCUGGCGUUGUACAGAUAUGAAGCCGGAGACAGUGUUGCCGGAGGGUCGAGUGUGGACAGCUCGUCUGUAGAGCUGACCGAUGAGCUGCCCGACAUGACGUUAGAUAAAGAGGAAAUCGCUAAAGAUCUGCUCUCUGGAGACGACGAAGAAACACAAUCUUCUGCCGAUGACCUCACACCGUCGGUGACGUCACACGAAACCAACGAUUUCUUCCCCAGAACUCUUCGCUCAAAUGUGGUUUAUGAUGGAGACAAAGAAUCUGAGGGAGAGGAUGAAGGUUUGAAUCCUGAAGACUCUCGCAAGGAGAUCAUGGUGGGAUCUGAAUAUCAGGCAGAGAUUCCUGCGCUCACCUGUUAUAAUGACCACGAAAAAGUGUACGCAGAGGAAGAUCAGCUGCUUUGGCAGCCGGAAAUGUUGCCCGAGUCAAAGGUCAAAAGCUUCUUGCAGGACGCUCUGCGUGUGGACGGAAAGAUGGAUGGAGAUGGCAAAUGUUCUCUGGUCAAAGACAACGAGCAGGCCUUAUAUGAGCUUUUGAAGUGUAACUACAACGUCCACGAAGCUCUUGAACGAUAUCGCAGCAGAGACAAAUCUUCAAAAGACGAGAUGCUCCCGUGGUCUGAAGAAGAAUGCCGAAAUUUUGAACAGGGUCUUCUGUUGUACGAGAAAAACUUCCACCUCAUUCAGAAGCACAAAGUCAACACACGAACGGUGGCAGAAUGUGUUGCGUUUUACUACAUGUGGAAGAAGUCCGAGCGAUUCGACUUUUUCGUCCAGCAAAACCGGUUCGGGAAGAAGAAGUUCAGCAGUUAUCCUGGCGUCACGGAUCUGAUGGACCGGUUGGUGGAUGAAGCCGAGGGUUUGGUGGAUGGAUCUGCGUCUGUGUGUUCCAGCGGCAGCGGCAGGAUCGAGCCUCCAACCGAGCAACAGCUCAACCUGCUCAACUCCAUCACAGCCAGUGACCUCUCGGCGUUGACCAGCACAGUGGCAUCGGUGUGUAACCCCGCAGACGUCAGCUGUCUGGACUCCUACAGCUUCUCCUCGCUGGACGGGCUUCACCGCGGUCCCCUGAGCCACGAAGAGCCGCUCAACUACUCCAGCAACAGAGACGGAGACUGCCUCAACCUGAUGGAGACGGGCUUCUACCACUCGGAGCUCGGGCAGAUCAGUGUGUGCGGCGAGGACUGCGAACGCCCCCCGGCCAAGCGGAUGAAGAUGGGCCUGUCGGAGCCGUUCUUAAACGACAGCAGGAACAUGAGCGUGGAUUUCGAGGGCCGCACGCACCACAUCACAAGUGCCAAAAUGGCAGUUUCGGUCAGUGACUUCAGCGAGGCGGGCAGCUACAUGGGAGCACACACACUACAUCAGCACACGGCGCUGCAGUCGGAGUAACACUUCGUGCUUCAUGCAAUCCAAUAUAUUCCUUCAGUUUCCUGAUUAUAUAUACAUAUAUGUGUAUAUAUGUACAGAUUGAUCUUUUUUUUUUUUUUUUACUAUGACAUCAGUGAUGUCUAAUUGUACAGACCUAAAUCUUGAUUUCUCAAGAGCUAAUACAGCCAUUUAUUUUCCAGUCUUGAAUUUUUGGAAGUGUCAUAAGCGUGUGUGCGUCCGAAUACUGUGGAAAACAUGAACUGGCGUACGUCGGCCGACAGCAAGGGGGUUUUCUAAGCCAUCAUCUUGACGACAUGAGCUCGGCCUCUCUGUGUUUCCCAUCAAGUGUUUACAGCUCAGCCUUCGUCUGGAUGGCGUUUAGGACCACUUCUUAAUUUGGGUUUUUUUGCACCAUGGAAAGUUCAGCCUUGGGAGGUUUUCUGCUAUUUCGAAAUGACUGCAAAAACAAACCUACGAACAAUUGAAAGUGGAAUAGGCCCUAAAUACAGUAAAGGUAUUAGUGUGUGUAAUUGAUCUACUUCUGCGCAUAUUUAUUAGUGUUUCUCUUGCUUUAGCAGUCGGCGUUUUGCAUAUUUAUUGCAAUGAAGACCAUUGGACUGCAUUACAGUCAAAAUCUUUGGUUUCCCAAAGUGGUUUUGAAAUACUGGCACAUGCAUUUUUUUUUGUUUUUCAAUCUGUUUUGAUAUUUAGAGAUCACUAUUUAUUGAAAAACCUUUUUUGCAGGGAUUUCUCAUCAUGGGAACCGAACCCAAACCCGCAGUUUUACCCGUCUGCUCCCUUCAGUAACUUAAUUAUGCAACGUUGUAAAUGACUCCUCGUCGUCAUCGUUUGUGUUCGUUUGCGUUCCAAGUCCUCGAUGAAAGCCUGCAAGCACUGACCCGACGUUUAUCUAUGCAUCAAGAAUUGCUUACAGAUGAAACGGAUCAUUUCGGACCUUGUUUGCUUGUUUUAUUUAACACGCUCUCGUAUGGCAAUAAUUUGUAAAUAUGUAGAUACCACAUACCUUCCAUUUUUUUUCUUCCUCUGCUAACAGACUUGCUUUUGAGUCUGCGUGUGCCACAAGAAUGCCUUCUCGACUUACUUUAACCGUUCGUUUGAUGCUUUUCCUCAUAAGAGAGUUGCUUAAGAAGAGAGUUAUUUAUUUAUUUAUUCACUCGACUGCAAGUGGGUGUUGUAUUUAGCGUCCGCUGGAGACGAAGAGCCGUCGUUGUCUUCACAGGAAGUCACGGCGCUAGCUGAAUGUACAGUAUUAUCACAUCUUAGGGAUUUACUGAACUCGAAUGUCUCUUGGUUAAGGCAGAAGCCCGGUUUGCAGUAUUGCCUUAACCUUCAUUCAGAACUUGGGAGGGUUUUCAGGAAGGCGAUCUCUCUCUUUUGGACGGUUCACGCUGUGUCUAAGAUAGUUUCCUCGUACCUGUGGACCGAAUCCUCCAUAUUUAUAUUUUUGGACUUGACAUACUUGAAGGAUGUGUAUUGAUCAAUUUAAAUACAAUAUUCUCCAAUGCAGUCCUGUAGGUUGUGCAAUUAAUUUCUCCUGUCCCUUACGAGAAUGGAAAAGAGCUUUAGGAAAUGUCUUGGUGCAGUAAUUUGUGUCCAAAAAUUUGUGUUAAAAAAUGAAUAGCUUAACAUUUGAAAUUGUAAUGUAAUGGUUGUCUGCUUCCAGGGAAAGAAAAUGUACAUUUGAAAACCUUCCAUUUAUCUUUGGAAAUGUUGUAUGCUUUAUUUUGUUUCAUAUUCGAUUGGUUUUCAUUCACUUUCAUGCUUUUCGGAGGCGGGGAAGUUACUAGUUAAAGUUGUUUUCAACAAAAUUUGAUGUGAUUAAAAUUAUAGUGUUGAAUAGACAAUCAAACGUCGAUUAAUAUUGGAAAAGGACAUUUUAUCAUUCUAAAUGUUUGUACAUAGAAUCUGUUCUUGUUUUGUUGGUUUUUAUUUUGUAUUUUAUGUUGUACCUAACUGGCGAACCAUUCCAGAAAUAAAGUUCUGGAGAUAUUAUAA